AUGAAUACAGGGUGCAUAUGGAAUUUUGGUAAUGCUUUGUGGUCUCUAUUCCAGCCCAUUCAGUUGCAGCUCGUAGUGUGUGGUCCCAUGGAUUCUGGUAAAUCAAGUUUUGUCCUGCUUAUCGCUGGAUCAUCAUCCUCCGCAAAUAUUGACACCUCCAGAUUUGAUGCCAACACUGUUCCCACAAAAAACCACAAAAAUUCUCGAGCAUACAUUGACGACACUUCUAUAAUCUGUCUGGAUUAUGGAGGACAAAAUAAGUACCAGCAGCAAUUAUUGGGCACAUUGACUUCUAAUGAUAAUGAUAAAGUAAUUAUUUUCGUCUUCGAUUACUCGGAAUACCUUAUUAGGAAUACACAUGAGGUAAGACAUGAGGAUUUUAUCAAAUCAAGGAAGUUGUUGAAAAAGUUGAUUCUUAAAUCCUACCAUUUUAAGACCCCUUUGCUAAUCUUGGGUAAUAAACUUGAUAUCGUUAUUGAUAAAUAUGAAUCAUUAUCUGAAGAUAACGGAGAAUCUUCAUCAACCACAGCUAUCAGUAAUAGCAACAAACAAAAAGAUUCCGAUACCUCUUCAGCUUUUUGUCUUAAUCUACUGUCAAGCCUACUGGCUGCAAGCAGUUCAACGGACAUGUUGUUGAGUAAACAGACAAUCACUAACCAGUAUAGGCAUGCUAAUAAUGCCCUAAAAAAAAGUCCUCCUUUGAGAGUUCUGGAAAAUAUCUCGAUAAAUCAAUUAGCCAAUGACUUGGAUUUAUUUGUGAAAGACGAAGAUGACGAUAAGCUCUUCAUUAGACUCAGCCAUGAAGAUUUUACAAAUGAUGAAGAUUUCCUCAAAUUAUUCCAACAAUUAAAACUUUCCGAAUGCAAUGACGCAGCUCGAAAUUUCAAAACUGUUGAAAAUAUUCCUAAAAAUUACUCGGUUGAAAUCUGUCUUCAUGAUAGAGAUUUUGCAAUUAUGUUGAUGUCUUGUAAGACUGGUGAAGGAGUAGCUGAAAGUAUUCAGUGGAUUUUAUCACAUGAAUGA